GGACAGCAGUGAGCCGCGCAGGCAGUUUGCCGUUGGACCCUGAUCCUGCUGACCGUCUGACCAAUAAGGCGAGGGAUAACGAAGAGACGCUUCUUUUUGUUUCUUUCCUACAUAAACAAGACAAACCUGAAACCAGAGAACCAGGGAAGAAGAUUCAGACAAACAGGGACACUUGAAGGAUGCAGGACGGGAGUUGGAAUCAACCACUCCCCAUUUCAGUGCUGCUCAAGGAUCCAGCAGCAGGUGGGACUUCGGCUGGCGAUGCGGGUGUUUAUUCUGAGGCCUCCUCUGAUGGAGAACACUAUCUUGACUCAUCAACAGAGCUGGAUUCUGAACAUGGGGACUUUGCAGAUCUUACUGCCUUCUUGAGUGCUGAGGAGAUUAAUCUUAGCCUGGACCUGGCCCGGGAGGCCUUCGGUGAAGCAGGUGACUGUGAUGAUCAAGACCCUUGUAGUCUUAAACAACCGGAGCAGGUUCUCCAAUCUGUUCCUUCCUUUCCUGUGCCCUCUCAAGCUACUGAAAACCUCAACUCAAGCCCAAACCGGCACCACCAGACCAAAGCUGCUUGCCCCGACAAAAGUGGAGCAAUUUCAGUUUCCUCCAGCCAAAAUGCUCCCGUCAGCAAACCUGUACAGGUCUCCAGUGAAACUCCAUCCUCAGCUGAGAGGGUUGUGCGGCCCAAGCCCAUCCAGCCUGUGUAUAAGCAAGAUAAGCCCAGGCUAGUUCAUGAAGGCCUCGAACUGAAUGAUCGAUCGGCUUCAGAGUUCUGCAGCCGAGCUGCCACUUUCAUCGAGGAGCUGUCAUCCAUUUUCAAAGGUUCUGCUCAGCAGGUGGAAGAGGAAUCCUCCUCUCCUGACAGUGGCUAUCUAUCUCCAAGAAGCCAGCGGAUUGUCCCCCAGGGCCCAGUCUCUGCUUCCUCCCUCCCUUCAGGCCAACGAGAGGACUCGCAGAAUACCCAGCAAGAGAUGGGAGCAGGGGGUUCUGAGAGGCACCUACAUUCUGGAGCUUCAACAACAUCCGAACCCCUGUCCCCACCUCAGUUCCUCCAAAAGCUGAAGAGUCAGGAAGUGGCGGAGGGGAGCCCCAUUCGUCUGGAGUGUAGGGUCCAAGGAAACCCGCAGCCCCUCGUCAGGUGGUUCUGUGAAGGCCGCGAGCUGCAGAACUCGCCCGACAUCCAAAUCUGGAGGGAAGGAGACCUGCACACUCUGGUGAUCACCGAAGCCUUUGAGGACGACACGGGCCGCUACACCUGCGUGGCUUCCAACAGCCUGGGAGCAGAUAACACCUCAGCUGAGGUUUACAUCGAAGGUCAGGCCUUAAAGCAGUUGUUUUCAUAUCCAGCGUUAACAGCUGCAGGGGCUUCAUCAUCGGACUCUGAGGGAGAAGGAACGGCAUCAAAGUCAAGAUCAGGAGCCAUGCCUCAAGCGCAGAAAAAGACUACUUCAAUGUCCCUAACAAUACGCUCAGCAUCACCCAAAACCCCGGAGGCGCUUCCUCAUCGAUCAACUCUGGUCCAGUCCAUGUCUCAGCCCCCACAGCGGAUGCAGAGCCCGGUUUCAGCCCUGCAUGGUGCUGAGUCAUCAGGCCCUCCGCUGUUCACAAAGCUCCUGCAGGACGUCCAGGCAUCAGAGGGCCAGGUGGUGGUUCUGGAGUGCAGGGUCCGUGGAGGCCCUCCCCUCAAGGUCAGAUGGUACCGCGAGGGGAAGGAGAUCCUGGACUCGCCUGACUUCCGGAUUCUCCAGAAAAAGCCUCGAUCUGCGGCUGAGACAGAGGAGAUCUGCACCUUGGUGAUUGCCGAGGCCUUUCCUGAGGACGGGGGUCUGUUUUGCUGCACGGCGUCUAACACCUACGGCUCAGUCAGCAGCACGGCCCAGCUCACCGUGACUCCAGCUGAGGACUCAUCCAGUAAUGGCAUGUCUGGCGAUAGCUCAGGAUUUGAGGAUGCAGCCUCCUUCCCCCCUCCUCCUCCUCCUCCUUCUCCACCGCCCACAGAGAUCAGCCUCCUGGAGCUGCCACCUAAGGCGCUACCUCAGCCUGGCUCAGACGCUUUCCACGUCAAAGAGCUGGAGAUCUGGCCCAGUGUGUCAGAUCUACCUCCGGUGCAAAUUUGCUCAGAUUUAGAAGACAGGGACAAGGAGAGAGGGCAGGAACCUCUACAGAACGAUCGACCUCCACACCCACCAUCACCUCCGAGCUCACCUAAGGAGGCGCCACUCCCACCCCCGCCUCCUCCUCUGCCACCGUCAGACCUGGCCACAGACAUCCACGUCACCCCGUCGAGUCAAGCCCACUUAGUAUCAGAUUCUCCUCCCACCCCGGGCAAGCUGUCUCCAACCCCUGGGAAAGAUGGUCCUCCGCUGCCCACCAAGCCAAAACCAAAGCUAGCUGACAGUAUUGAGGAGACGACUGAAUACUCCAGGAACGCCGCCCAGCUGAAGCAGUUGCAGGACCAGAUUCUGCUGGAGCAGCAGGAGGCGGCCAUCUGGCAACAGCAGCAGGAGCAGCAGCAGCAGCAGCACAUCCAGGAAGUCCCACCUCCACCUCUGCAACUCCUCCAGGAACCACCUCCACCUGCUCCGCCCUCCCCGCCUCUCCCCCCUCCUCCCUCCUUCCAGGAGCUGGAGAGCAGCACAGCCAUGCAGGCCAGUACCUUCAACUAUGCCCGGCCCAAGCAGUUCAUUGCCGCCCAAAGCCCGGGUGGGGCGGGCUACAUCGCCCGCUCCUCGGGUUCCUCUGGGUCCAGCCUGUCCUCCCCCCUGUCUCCACCCACCCCUCACAAGCACAUGAGCAGGCCCCCAUUCACCAGCACUGGCAGCGUCGAGUCCCCGACCUCUCCUUCCUUCCCGCCUCCUCCUCCGCCCUUCCUCAGCCCGAGCAACUUGUCCUCUCCCACCGGCUCUGCCCAGGAUUUCCCCCCUCCUCCACCUCCUCCCCCUCCCCCUGUCUCCAUGUCCCCAUCCAACUCGGAUGUGUCGUCGCCGUUCUCCUCGGUGCCUCCGUCCCCUGCCUCCAGCUUCCUGUCCUCGGUGUUGCCCUCCACGCCUUCAACACCUGGCAGCCCGACAGUCAACAGCCUGGGCCUUCCCAAAGGCAACGGCACCGUCAAAGUGUUCCCAAGGAAGUCCUCGGUCACCAAGACGCCUCGCAUCGUCUCCGACUCUGACAUCCAGGGCUCAAAGGAUGCUGUCAUCCAGGACUUGGAGAGAAAGCUGCGCUUUAAAGAGGAGCGCAUAAGCAACGGCCAACAGAGGUUAACCUAUGAGGAGAAGAUGGCCCGCCGGCUCCUGGGGGCCGACAACGCCGCCACAGUCCUGAACACACAGGACACAGAGGAGGAGCCGGUCACACAGGAAGACAUGUCAGCUUAUAAAGAAACAUAUCCUCAAAAGGAGUACAAAGUGUCCAGCUUUGAGCAGCGCCUCAUCAGCGAGAUCGAAUUUCGCCUGGAGCGUUCCCCGGUGGAGGAGUCGGACGAAGACGUUCAGCACGACGAAGACUACGCCGGCCAGGGGGUGGCGCCGUCCUUCGACCAGAAGCUUAAACACUACAAGGUGUUCGAGGGGAUGCCAGUCACGUUCUCCUGCAAGGUCCACGGGGACCCCAAACCAAAGGUGUACUGGUUUAAAGAUGGCAAGCAGAUCUCCAAGAGGAGCGAACAUUACAGGAUCAGCCGGGACCCGGACGGUACCUGCUCCCUGCACACGGCGGCAGCCUCACUGGAUGAUGAUGGAAAUUACACCAUCCUGGCAGCAAAUCCAGACGGCAGGGUGAGCUGCACUGGCAGGAUGAUGGUGCAAGCGGUGAACCAGCGCGGCCGCAGCCCACGAGUGGCUCCUGGACACAUGCGCAGGCCCCGGUCCAGGUCCAGAGACAGCGGUGACGAGAACGACAACAUCCAAGAGCGCCACUUCCGCCCGCACUUCCUGCAGGCGCCCGGUGACCUCAUUGUCCAGGAGGGCCGCCUCUGCCGGAUGGACUGUAAGGUGAGCGGCCUGCCCACGCCCGACCUCAUCUGGCAGCUCAACGGACAGACCAUCCGCCCCGACUCUUCCCACAAGAUGCUGGUGAGGGAGAACGGGGUGCACUCCCUGGUCAUCGAGCCCGUGACGAGCCGCGACGCGGGCAUCUACACGUGCAUCGCCAGCAACAGGGCCGGCCAGAACUCCUUCAACCUGGAGCUCAUCGUUGCCGCUAAAGAGAUGCACAAAGCGCCUUCAUUCGUGGAGAAGCUGCAGAACACGAGCGUCGCAGAGGGUCACCCUGUGCGACUGGAGUGCCGCGUGGCAGGCGUUCCUCACCCGCAGAUCUUCUGGAAGAGGGAGAACGAGUCAUUCACGCACAACACAGACCGAAUCAGCAUGCACCAGGACAACUGUGGCUACCUAUGUAUGAUAAUCCAGCCGGCUCUGAAGGAAGACGCUGGCUGGUACACGGUGUCGGCCAAGAACGACGCCGGCAUUGUCUCCAGCACCGCACGCCUCGACGUCCACACUCAGUGGCAGCAGCCGAACCUCCCGAAGCCCAAGAAGGUCCGUCCCUCAGCCAGCCGCUACGCCGCGCUGACGGAGAGAGGCCUGGACGUGAAGGCGGCCUUUUUCCCCGACUCCAGCCCGCUGCCACCCGGCGGCCUGGUGGAGAGUGACGACCUGUAAGGGAACGAAGAUACCCCCCCCCCCCCCCCCCCUUAAAGGCUGCCCUCGAUCCCCCUGCACCCCCUGAGACAUAAACACAGAGCGAGGCAGGGGGGACAGACUGAACUCUUGUCCACCGCCACUGAACUGCAGAGGGGGGAGGGUGCAGCUGUGGUUUCCUUGUUAUAAACCCUUUAUAGUAGAGAAAUGCAUCAAGGCGACCUGGAACGCGAUUGAAGUGCUUUUAACCAGAGAGAAAAAGAGUUAAAGUGCCUCUUGAUUCUGUAAAGAAAUAGAACAAUGCAACGCAGAUUCACUAUGCAUGCCGAAGUGGUGCCGACUGUAGCACACAGACGUAAACUGUAGGUAGCACCCCUCCCCGGGACAAUUCAUCUAAUCUUCACUGAAGGAGAUCGCAGACUUCGACUACGAGGGCCUUGGCAGCGCGGGUCUGACAUCUGCAGUGUCGGGUCAGAAAUGAAAAGGGACAGGAAGAGGUCGGGUAUGUUCUGUUGUAGCUGAAGGUUUGAGGUUAAAGAGAGCGGGGUGUAAGUGGACGAGCAGGUGUACAGUGGGAUGAGAGUGAGGGAGGGAAGUAAGCACAAGCUUUAAAAGAUGAGGGCUCAUUUUUGUUGAUUUUCUUCUACCUUGGAGGUUCGUUUUUUUUCCGGCCGCGUGAAAUGUUAACGUACUCGUGAAAAGGGUGCUGUGCGAGGUUUCAGUGUAGGCUCCCCUGUGCGGCACAGAUUGUACCGUUUUUAUUUUUCUAUUUGCUUUCCCAACCAUCCUAUCUUAAAUUAUACCUUCAUCUUCAAACAAACGAAAAAAAAAAUAUGAAGUUUUAUAAGUAUAUAAUACAUACUGCCUUAAACCACUUAAAUUAAACACCGUUUCUAUUGCAUGUUCUCUUCAGACACCUGUAGUGCCAAGCAGCUUUUACCUGGAUGUAUAAAACAACUUCUUUCAGUAUUCAGGGGUAAUAAACACUCAAAAUAAUAAAAUGGAAAUUAAACGUGUA